UUCAGGGGGUUUUUGGUGAUCCGACAGAAACCCAGUUUGAUUGGUGAGAAUUGUGGUCUUUUUCACAAACAGUGUUACCAGACACAAAAUAAUUUAUUAUUUUCGGUUAGUGGAAAAGUAAUUCUUUUUUUCAGGCAACGAUUUUGGUUCUGAUUGAAAACUUUGAUGAAUCUUACAGGUGUUCCUUGAUGAUCAAGUGAGGACCCAGAUCAUUUUUCUUUUUUCUUUAACAUUUUUGUGUUAAAACAAUUUCAUUUUUUGUUACAGUACUAGUUUUUGUUAGCAGAAGUCAUUUCUGAUUUGGCUCUUCUGGUUUUGUUUUCGGAAAUUGUUGGAAGCCUUUUGUUUUUUUUUGGAAUAUUGAAGGAAAGACUCAUGCUUUGAAAACCUUUCUUUUUACGAGGAAGAUUUGUGAUCCAAGACUGAAGGGUGUAUAUAUUAGGCUUAAUUGGGCAUAAAUUGUCGUCAACGAUGGGGUGAAAUUGGCGUUCCUCAAAUACCCAUUUAAAUGUGUCUUCUUGUCUGCUUCAGAAAGACAGUUACCCAACUUCUCUUGAGGGUCUGAUCUGGCUGUCUUCGAGCUGGUUAUUUUUAUGUGAUGAGGAGGUUGGAGCAUGGUUUCUGUGGCUACCGGGUUCCCGUGGUUCCUCGGGCUUCAAGAUCAGCUAGGGGGAGGGGACCAAUCAGAAAGAAAUGUGAGGACAAUCAGAUACGGGCAUUUGAAAUUUUAGCUAGUGUAGCUGGCACUGUAUUGCAGGAGACUGAGAACUCUGUUUCAACCAAUGCUGCUUGUGUAAAGAAUCCGCUUCACGUUCUUAAUGCUAACUCUAAAAGAGGUAUAGAGUGUGAAGGACGAUCAUUGAAGGAAGACGCUCGUGGGCAGGGAAAUUGUGAUGAGAAAUCCUUUGCUUGUGUUCCAGGUUUGCAAGAGCACCCUGAAAGCUAUACAUUGAAUGAGUUUUCCCAUGUUCAGGACAAUCAAAUUCUUGAGGUUGGCUCUGCAUCAAAUACUUGCGACGAGUCUGAGAUGAUAUGUUUUACCAAGAAGUUGGCUACUGUAAGUAUCAAAAGUAAUUGUGGAUCUUCCUCAAGCAGAGUAGUAGGUCACUCCCUUAGCUUUGGGGAAUUUUCUGAAGAAAAAGUAGAAGCUGAACCACAUAAAAGUAGAAGUGAAAUAAGUGGAAUUCUACCUGUUGCAGACAGUUCAGAGGAUCUAAUGGAACUGGACAGGGAAUCUCUUGCCCUGGUUGGUCCAGAGAGUGAUGCAAAAGUGUCUUUGUUAAGGGACUUCAUAGACGUUGGUACUUUUCCUAGGUGUUAUGAUAAUGUAAAAGUAGUUAGUAGAGAUGAUGACGAAAACUCUGUUGGGUGCACUCAACCCAGUACCAUAUCAAAGUCUUAUAGGCCACCCCCAGAUAUUGGAGAGAGAAGAAUAAAGAAACUCUCUGCUUCCCGACAUGGGAGAGAAUCCCAGAAAUUCAAGGAUGGAAAAAUGAAGCAAAUGUGCUGCAAUAAGAGAUAUUCUCAUAUAGAUGACCGAUCGCAGAAGAUCUAUCCUUUCAAGAAGAGGAAAUUCUUUAGUCAAAGCCCACUAUGCACAUCCGAUGAAGUCUUCCACCAUGAAGGCGUAUCUGAUUUCCCUGACAAGAGAAACAGUGACAACCAUUCUGCAGCAACUGGAGCAUCAUCCUCAGUAACUGGUCAAGUACCUCCUGCAUCCAAGGGUUGUAAUGUGAAGCUUAGCAUAAAAUCUUUCAAGGUCCCAGAGCUCUUUAUAGAGAUUCCUGCAACUGCAACUGUUGGUUUGCUGAAGAGGACAGUUAUGGAAUCAGUGACUGCUGUACUUGGAGACGGACUGCAUGUUGGUAUCCUGCUUCAGGGAAAGAAGGUCAGGGAUGACAGCAAAACUCUACUUCAGACUGGGAUUUCUCAAGAUCAUAAGCGUCAUAAUUUGGGUUUUAUAUUGGAGCCCAGACAUGAACAAAGCAACCCACCUUCGUCCUCUGAAGACUCUUCUUUGUUUUCCGGUGGCACUGGCACACCUCAAGAGUUAUCCAGGCAUUCUGGAACAUCAUUGUCGAAUUUGGGCAGUUGUGGUGAAAGCAAACUCAAUACAAUACCUUCUCUUGCUGAUAUUUCAACUGGCAAUACCUUGGCAGAGACCCAAGCUUUGGUUGCAGUUCCAGCGAUCGGCAUGGAGGCAUUGGCUGUGAUUCCAUUUCAUCGGAAAUCACAUCCUGAGUUCACACAGCGCCGAAUCAGGAGACCUUUCUCUGUUUCCGAAGUAGAAGCAUUGGUUCAGGCGGUUGAGAAACUCGGAACUGGAAGGUGGCGUGAUGUUAAAUUGCGUGCUUUUGACAGCGCAAAGCAUCGAACUUAUGUGGAUUUGAAGGAUAAAUGGAAGACAUUGGUGCAUACAGCAAGAAUCUCCCCUCAGCAGAGGAGGGGUGAGCCUGUUCCUCAAGAGCUUUUGGACAGGGUCCUAGCUGCCCAUGCCUACUGGUUGCAGCAUCAGACUAGGCAACAGGUUAAUAAUAAUAAUGAUGUAAAAGAUUGAUAAUAGAAAUAGUUUGUAAAUGUAAGUUUGUGUAGUAUUCCCUCCCACUUUCACUUGCUUCACAAAACCCAAUUCUCCUUUCCUUAUGAAGGGUUUAGUGAUCUGUACAUGAUUUAUUGAAGAAAUGGCAGCACUCAUGAUUCCUUUGCUGUCUUGUUACAAUUAUGUUGAAGAUUUCCAAGUCUUUUUCAUUC